AACGACCACAAAGAGGUCAUGAUCGAGCGUAAAGUCAACACGUUUCCUAGAGAUAUUUCUCUUGUCAUCUGUAUAUGUGACAUGAUGCUCACAAAAGGUAGGAAAUAGUCUAAAAGACUGCGCAGAGGGUGGUAUCUCUAGGUUCACUAAUCACUCGCGCCGCAUGCUUGAUCUAGGCAAGGGGCAUACGUAUCUUACCAAACAAUGACUGAGCACCUUACAAGCGGACGGGCAGUCUCUUUGCCCACCGGGAUGCAACCACGAACAUUAGUCACUUUCUGAUAAGUUCCAGCUAUAGUAUCUAGAUGAGAAAUCAUGCUCGGCCUCGGUGUUCGCAUCUUCUGUGCGAGCUCGAUACUUCGUAUAUAAAGGGAAGGAACUGUGUGCGAUUAAAGCCAGAAACCAACUAUCCAAACCUCCAAUCUCAACACCAGCCCCCAAAUCCAAUAUCAAUCACCAUAUUCUCAAAGCGACCAUGUCUUCGCCCCUCACAUAUCUCAUCACCGGUGCUAACCGUGGCAUUGGCAAAGGUUUCACCUCAACCCUCCUCCAACGUCCCAACACCACCGUCAUUGCUGGAGUCCGAGACGUCGCCAAGUCAACUUCCGCACUCGAAUCCCUUCCCAAAGCUUCAGGCUCCAAGCUCAUCGUCGUCAAGAUCGACUCCUCUGACGAAGCGGACCCCAAGAACGCUGUCGCCGAACUUCAAUCCAAGCAUGGUAUCACCUCGCUCGACGUUGUGAUCGCCAAUGCCGGAAUCGCACACUCAGGUACUACCAUCAUCAACACCUCAUCUGACGCGCUCCGCGAUCACUUUGCCGUCAACACCAUCGGCCCCAUCCUUCUCUUCCAGGCCGUCAAGCCCCUGCUACAAGCCAGCAAGUCUGGCAACCCCAUCUACCUCGGAAUUUCCACUGUAAUUGGCAGCAUGGGCGCUCAAGCAAUGCUCGCUGGAUUCCCGCAGGUUUUCAGCCCAUACGGUGCUAGUAAGGCGGCGUUGAACUGGGCUUUCGCUAGGAUCCAUUUCGAAGAGUCUUGGUUGACAUCGUAUGUCACCCACCCUGGCUUGGUCAUGACGGAUAUGGGUAGCGCUAUGGCUGAUCCCGAGGCGCUUAAGGCUGCUGGCGCUAUUACUGUUGAGCAGAGCGUGAACGGUGUUUUGAGCACGCUGGAUAAGGCCGAUAGGAACCUUUCUGGGACUUUCCAGAACUGGGAUGGAACCACUCUGCCGUGGUGAUCACCGAGAUUGAAUGGUCGCACAGUAUUGCAUUGUUGUACAAAGGCAACCAGAAGAGUUAUAGCGAUAUACAGCAAUUUAUAUCCGUGUCAUGUCAAUCUUCAUACUAUGCGUUUCCACUACUCUACCGCAGGAUCACUAAUGAGGAAACAUGCGUGCAAUGUGUACCACAUAGCUCUCUUCCUUUUCUGGACGGCUUGUAUGAGCCGAUGAAAAAACGUUGAAC